AUGUCAUUACACAACCACAAAAAAUGUUGUGCACUAUCGUAUCCCACCACGUUUAGCUGUAUGAUGUUGAAAUUGGCAACACUACUGAUUGUUCUGACCGUUGUGUCCUGUCAGACGCCUUCGACACUGAAAGUAGCCAAAGAUAUAGAAGCAUUUUUCAAAGCGAUGGAUAAGGAUGUAGAUGGGAAAGCAUCGUAUCCAGAAUUCUACAACUCGAUUUACGCUAUGGACUCUGAUAAAAAUGGUAAAGUGAUAUUAAGAGAGUAUAUUGCCGGAACCAAUCCCAGUCCGGAAAUAGCACGUGCUGUGUUUAACUAUUUUGACUCGGAUGUUGACGGGCACCUUGAUGAGGAUGACAUCAAAGUUACAUUCAAUCAGUAUGACGUGAACAGAGACAGAGGUAUAUCUCUGGCGGAGUUCUCUACAUCUUUUGAAUGUAUGCUAAGUGUAAUCCGCCAGAAUUUUGUCACCAGCAAACCAAUUGGUUGAAUUAACAAGUUUUAUUAUUAACAAUAAAAUUGUUCUUUAAUUUUA